AUGCUGACUGCCGCCAGAGCAUUCGUUCUCAAGCUGAGAGCUGUCUGCUUCAUCACCGCUCCGAGCGCUACAAUGCUGGACCACCUGGGCGUACUCUUCGCCCUGAUCGCUGUCUUCAGCUUUCUGGUUGUCAGAUCGAUCUAUCGACUGUAUUUCCACCCUCUCAGUGCCUUUCCUGGUCCUCGGCUAGCUGCCAUCUCGCACCUCUAUGAAUUCUACUAUGACGUCAUCAAGGGAGGACAGUUUCUUUUUCAGAUUGAACAAAUGCACCAGAGAUACGGUCCGAUCGUCCGUAUCAACCCUCGAGAACUCCAUAUCAAGGACCCCAGCUACUAUAAUGCCAUCUACGCUGGCGGCGUCCGCAAACGCGACAAGGACCCUCACUUUGUCCCCAUCUUCGGCCUGCCAUCGUCAAUGGUCGCCACGGUCGGGAUUCAGCAUCAUCGCUUCCGCCGAAAUAUCCUGAAGGAAUUCUUCUCCAAGCGCUCGGUGAACGAAUUGGCGCCAGUUGUGGAAGAACGCGCCCUGAAGCUCAUGGAGCGGUUCGAGGAGGCGUAUCAUGACCGCUCGAUCAUUCGCCUUGAUGCCGCUUUUGCUGGUCUUGCGGCGGAUGUGAUCAUGCACUACUCCUACGGCAAAAGCUGGGGCUUCUUGGAGGAUCCGGAUUUUCGCAGCGACAUCUGCAUAGCUGUUAAUGAGGCGAUGAGCUUCGUGCAUGUCAACCGGUUCUUUCCUCUAUUGGCGCCCUUGGUGCGCAAGAUCCCCGCGCGCGUCAUGUGUACGAUCCGUCCGGCGCGAGCGAGUCUGUUUGAAUUCCAGCAAUCCGUAUUCGACCAUGCUGCGCGUUUGAUGAAGGAACGCGAAAGUGGGUGUAAAAGUCCGAACGGGGGUCGAGGGAAUAUCUUUGAGAAAUUGGCGGACCCAUCCCUGCCGCCGGAGGAGCGCACUCUUGCGCGAUUACAAGACGAGGCCUUGAUGUUGCUUAUUGCCGGGACGGAAACGACAUCGAGGGCUCUAACGUUGACUGCUUUUUACCUUGCGCGAGAACCGGAGUUGUGGAGGAAGCUGCGGGAGGAACUGCGGACGGUUUUGCCAACGCCAACGAGUACGGCUACAUGGGCGCAACUUGAGCAGUUGCCCUACCUGACUGGCGUGGUGAAUGAAGCUCUUCUGAGCAUGUCGACCUACUUUGUUCACCAAGACCCCACCAUCUUCCCCGAACCGCAGGCGUUUAAACCCGAGCGCUGGAUACAGCCGGCGGACACCACUGAACGACUCACUCGGUACCUGGUAGCUUUCAACAAAGGUAGCAGGGCGUGUCUAGGCAUGAAUCUGGCGUACAUCGAACUCUUCAUGACGGUCGCCUACUUUGUCCGUCGCUUUGACAUGGAGCUUUAUCAAACUACCGAGGAGAACGUCCAGGUCGUCCGGGAGAUGGGCAUGGGUUUUCCCAAAGAUGGAUAUGUCACUGUCUAUGCCAAGGUAACGAAUUUGGUGCAAGAUUAG